AUGGAAUCACCGCUUCAGUAUAAUGAUGUCGUCAACUACAAUAUCUCUUUCCCCUGCGAAUACGUCGCUCACGUCGAGAUCGAUAAUCAGAAGAAAUACAAUUCCAUAAAGCAUGACAUGUUCUACAAUAUGGCCAAAGUGUUCGACCAGCUAUCGCACGACCCAGAGGUUCGUGUAGUCCUGCUUUCUGGCGCUGGCGACAAAGCCUUCUCGGCUGGCCUCGAUGUGAGCGGAGCAUCAUCUUCUGGCCCUGUAGGUGCUUCAUCCGAGAAGGAGGACUUUGCUCGAAGAUCUUGGAAAAUUCGAAGGCACGCUUUGGCUUAUCAGAAUGCGGUCAAUGCCAUCGAGCGAUGCGAAAAGCCCGUGAUUUGCCUACUUCAUGGAGUUUCAUACGGGGCAGCCUUGGACAUCGCAACAGCGGCAGAUGUGCGGUAUUGCACAAGAGAUGUGAAGCUAUGCGUAAGAGAAAUCGAUGUCGGCCUCGCCCCAGAUAUUGGCACAUUGAGCCGACUACCUAAGAUUGGAGUCAGCUAUUCGUGGGCGAAGGAGGUCACAUACACUGCUCGAACCUUUGACGGCUCCGAAGCUGCUACACAGGGAUUUGUUAGCAAAGUCUUCGAUACCAAGCAGGCGCUCAUCGAUGGUGGGCUCGCCUUGGCCAAGACAAUAGCAGAAAAGAGUCCCGUAGCGGUUCAGAGUGCCAAAGCUCUGUGGGACUUUAGCCGUGAUCGUCCUGUACAGGAUGGCCUGCUAUAUACUGCCGCAUGGAACAGUGCAAUGGUACAGGCUGAUGAUGUGAAAAAGGCUAUGAUGAGCGGCAUCCGUAAAACGAAACCUACAUUCGAGAAGCUGUAG